UAAGUGUAGCACCGGAGCAAUUUGAUUACUCACAACUGUACAGGAUGCGCACAAUAAACUUAUUACUAUUAAUAAAAAAAAUAUUUCUAGAUUACUCACUUUGACUGGCGCGUAUCAUUCGUGCCAUUCCCGCUGCCGCCAUGUCGAAGCUCGCUCGCUCGCUGCUCGCGCUCGCCGCGCUGAUCGCUGCCGCCAACGCCGCUUGCACUUCAAACGUACAUGGAAACGACACAGACCAUGUGGAACUUUUAGGGCCAUUUGAGGUUUCUAGUUUCGACGCCGAAAAGGGGAAAGUCAUUAACAUUGACGACUCCUGCGGACUCGGUAAACCAGUAGGCGUGACAAUAAACGCCUGCAACAGCCACUCCAGCCGCACGUUCUCAGACAUGGAACCGCCACAUCUCAGCUCCAACAUGACUCACGUGGAGGUGCGUUGCGAGCCCCGCGCCUGUUCUUCCGGAAUUCAUGUACAAAUCAUACAGUACUGUGAUUCAGGAAGUUAUGUAACUAUUAGACCAUAA